AUGAAAUCCUAUCAGUCACCUGACCUCUUCCUUACCAAAGACGAUGGUAUACAGAAUGGAGUAACUCUUCAAAUUCCUAUCACAGAACGGAAGCCUUGUGGUUUAGAUUGGGCACAAUCAUCAUGGAAAUAUUGGAUCUACGCAGCAUUUUGGUGGUGGGUAAAUCCUAUCUUAAAUCUUGGAAAUAAACGGAAUUUAACAGAUAAUGAUUUAUUUGAUUUAUCUUCAAAUGAUGAAUGUCGUCAUUUACUUGAUAAACUCGAAGUAAAUUGCAAGAGUGUUGAGAACAAUAAUAUCAGUACGUGGAAAGUAAUAAUAAAAACAUUUUGGAAAAAAUCAUUGAUAGCAGGUCUAAUUUUACUUCUAUUAACUGCAGCAAAGAUAGCACAACCAUUAUUCUUGAAAGAAAUAGUACUAAACAUCAGCGAUCCCGAUGCACACCCAUCCACUGGUUAUAUGUAUGCUGUUGGAUUGGGAUUAGCAGCAACGUUUCAAGCUAUAAUUCAUCAGCAAUUCUUUUUUCGUAUUGCACGAGUUGGAAUGCAAGUAAGAAUUGCACUCACCGCUCUUAUUUAUAAAAAAGUGUUACAAUUGAAAACGAGUGCGCUCUUGAAAACGACUUCAGGUCAACUUAUUAAUUUGAUUAGUAAUGAUGCAAGUACAUUUGAAGAAUUAAGUAUAUGUCUUCAUUAUAUUUGGGAAGCACCUUUGGAAGCACUUAUUGUUUUUGGUUUGAUUUGGAUGAAUAUUGGGGUUCCAACGCUAUUUGGCUAUGCAGUUUUGAUACUAUUGAUACCACUGCAAUUAUAUUUUAGUAAAAAAUUUGGAACAUACCGGAAAAAUACACUGGCAUGGGCUGAUAAACGGAUAAAAACCGUGAAUGAGAUUCUAAUAGGUUGUCAGGUCGUAAAAAUGUACAAUUGGGAGAAAUCUUUAGAAAAUGCGGUGCACAAACAAAGAAAUGAGGAAUUAAGUAGUGUUCGUCAAGCAUCUCGUAUAAGGGCAAUAAAUAUGGGUUUAUUUUUUUCAUCGUUAUCUUUAAUUUCAUUAGCAACAUUUGGAGGUAGUUGGUUAAUGGGUCAUUCAUUGAAGCCUGCUCAAAUAUUUACUGUGUUAUCAUUUUUCAGCAUCAUUCGAACACCAAUAACAAAUUUUUUACCUACUAGUAUUGAAAACUUAAGUGAGAGUUUUAUAUCGGCAAAACGUAUUAGUGAGUUUAUGAGUUUAUCGGUACAUAACAGUAAGACUAAGGAAUAUAUCUUAUGUAAGAAACCAGUAGGAAGCAUAGAAAUAACAGCAGCGUCGUAUUCAUGGGAGCAUGAUCAACCAGAAACAUUAAUUGACAUUGACCUAACCGUUGAGCCGGGACAACUCGUAGGAAUUAUGGGUUCAGUUGGUUCCAGCAAAUCAUCGUUACUAGCAGCUAUUUUAGGUGAAAUGAAUCUAUUAAAAGGUACAAAUCAAAUAUCCGGAUCAUUUGCAUAUGUAUCACAGACUACUUGGAUUAUUGCUGGUACAAUACGUGAGAAUAUAUUAUUUGGAAAUCAAUUGAAUGAAGCAAAAUAUAAACAAGUACUCAAAGCAUGCUGUUUGAUUUCUGAUUUACGUUUACUUCAAGCAGGAGAUUUAACUAUAAUCGGGGAAAAGGGGAUCAAUUUAAGUGGCGGACAAAAAGCUCGCGUGUCACUAGCACGUUGCGUCUAUGCUGAAGCAGAUAUUUAUUUGUUUGAUGAUCCAUUAGCAUCUGUAGAUCAAACUGUUGCUGAAAAAAUUUUUCAUCGAUGUAUUGGGCAUCAAGGCUUACUACAAGGAAAAACAAGAUUAUUAGUUACACAUCAAACACAGUUCUUACCAGAAGUUGACCACUGCAUCUUAUUGGGUAUUAGUAAAAUAUGA